AAACCGGUGGAAUGAAUCAUGCUACAAUAAGGGUAAACGCUGCCGGCUAGAAGCAGAGGAGUGACCGGCGCUAGUGCUCAAUGACAUUUAGUUGCUCAUUUUGCAUUACUGGCCAUCUAGAAUUCCAUCACAACUUCUCAUUUGCCUGCGAUGCAGAGACUUCAUUCUGAAAACUUUCUGUUGUCGCAGUUAAGGCACGGUUAUUCUUUACUGCUUCUGCACCUACCGAUGAAUGUAACAAAUCAGAAGUCUGUUGAGUUGUAGCAAGAAGUGCCUUCUUUGG